UUUCAUCAGAGAAGUUCAGUAUGCUUUCACAUCAAGUAGGUUCACGAUAACGGUACAUACAUCAGAAGUGCAAUUAGAAAGUUGCAUAAAGUAUAAACAUCUAGUAAAACUGCAAUAGCCUAUUUCAAGGAAAUAUUUCCAUAUGUGACAAAUCGUGCGACAUUCAGCAGUGAUUUUUAAAUACUUCAGUCAGUAUUCGGUCAGCGUCAGUCAGUGAUGAGCGGUCGACGAGUCCGCAUGGUUAAUUUCUUUGUAUCGUAGGGUUUGUGUUUGUGUUCAUACAAUAUCACACAAGUGCAUAUGAUCUUAAGAAGUCGAAAUUCAAAACCAGAAGCAUUUUUAUAUCUAAUCGUCUAGUAUAUCUGUAACCAGUAGAUAGUCCUUUAUAAUCGGGGUUGGUUAAUCAGUCGAUUUUUGUGUUUGUGUUGCGCAAUUACAAAUUAACGUAUAUCAGUUAGGAAAAUGAUAUUAACAAAAUGUUCCGCUAUAUCUGUAUAUAAUAAACAGUGACACAAGUGUCAUUUUAAAAUAAUUUUUUUUAUGCAACAUUCAUCGAACAGUUGAUCGUUACGUGAUCAGUCAGUGGACUCGUUCAGAGAAAUUGUCAUUUCUUAAAGAAUGCCUUCUCAAUUAAGUAAAUUUGCUGAUAUAUCCUGUAAGGAAUUUUCACAUCCUUGGACAGGCUCGUGCGUUAAUGCAACAGCCGGGCUUGGAUUGCAUACCUUGCAGGAAUGCCUUAGGAUAUAUUCCACAGUUUAUAUAGUUGCACUAUUAAUGAGAGGGAAAAAACCAUCCAAAGAAGACAUUAAAAAGACAAUAUUGGGUAUUUUACAAUCAAUAGCAUUUCUCUCGUGGAGUGGUUUUUCAUAUUCUAUGUUUAUUUGUUCUCUAAGGCGAGUGCUUGGAAAGUUUAAUGUUUUGACUGUAUCAUUUCUUCCAUCCUUUUUAUCUAGUUUGUCAGCUAUUUUGAUUGAAAGGCCUUCUCGACGUACCUUACUGUGUUUAUAUGUAUCUAAUGUUGCAACAGAAACAUUAUUUAAAAUGGGAAUCGCAAGGGGAUAUUAUUCUCCCAUCCCAAAGGGUGGAACAUAUAUUUUUGCAACAAGCAUAGCAUUGUUACUUUAUUUCUUUCGUUCUAAAACAAAUAAACAGGAUUCUAUAUAUAGAAUACUUAGAAUUCUUAUUGGACCAUACGAAGGAACUGAGUACCUUAAAAAAAGUAGCUCACAUUCUGAAACACAAUCUUGUUCUGGUAGUCAAAGUUCAACAAAAAUGCAUGACAUAAGUAGAAGGCCGGAUAAAAAAAAUUUUAAUAUAUUCAUGAAAUCACUUGAAGUGUAUAAAAAACUGAUUGAACAACUAAAACUUAGAAGUAAACAUGUAUCUUGUCCGCAUCCUUAUAGUUGUGCUCAUUACAUAUUAAAGGGUGGCAUGGAAGUUUUUAGUUAUGCUCUCAGUGCUCAAUUAGUAAUUAACUUGGUUUUUCAAAUCAAAAAAUCAUUUAUAAAACCACAAUUGUUAAAAUCAAUUAUUUUUAAAAGAGACAAUUUAAACUUGGCUGUGUUUUUAGGAGGUUUUACUGGACUUUAUAGGCUAAUGUCCUGUUUAUUAAGGAGAUUUUUCCAAAAAGACUCUUGUUAUUUUGCGAUUCCUGCUGGACUGAUAAGUGGUAUAACAUUUAUGGCUUACAGUAGCAAUACAAUAGCUUUAUACUUUAUGUGGAAAGCAUUGCAGCUAUUGUGGAAUGAUCUUGCAGAAAAAAAGAUAGUACCUGAAGUAAAAUGGUUUGCAAUUUUUUUAUACUGCUUUAGUACAGCAGUACUUUUUCAUGUAGCAAUACUUGAACCACAGCAUUUACGAUCGUCUUAUUGGAAGUUUUUAUACAACAUAUCUGGAGGAAGAAUUGCUGUUAUGUCACGAAUACCGUUAGAUCAAUUUGGUCUUGAAUCAUCCAGACAUCUUGCCGAAGUGCUUAAAAAAACUAAAACCAGUGAUAAAAAAAUUUUUUCUUUUUAAUUUAAUAGUGGAAAUGAGAACAAAGAUAUAAUGGAUUUUGUUUUAAUAAAUGUUUUGUUAUAUGUAUACUUAUACAUUGGAAAAAGUAACCAAAGAAAUGAGCAAUAA